AUGGUCGCCAGGAGCCCCAACGCCAAGCCCGACAGGCAGACGGCGGCCGCCAUCGCCGCUGCUGCCGCGCUCAACCCCGCCCUCGUCAGGGAGACCCUCAAGAAGAUGGACCGGUGCAUGGCUCGGCUCCAGGAGCUGCAGUACACGGUGGCCGGCGGCGCCAAGGUCGUCUCCGGGGUCAGCCUCAGCCCGCGCAGCACCCGCGGCUACCUCCGCACCAGCAUCCGCUGCAAGCAGGAGACCGUCAGGAUGAGGGCAACGCCCGCGAAGACCAGAUCCCCCAAAGGCAAGUUCGGCGGCGCCGACGGCGCGGCGGCCCCGUGGCGGCGGAUGUCGUUGCCGGCGAUGCUCCUCGGCGAGACGGUGCUGGAGAUCGUCCAGGCCAGCCAGUUCGCCCGGGACAUCGUGGCGGUCGCCGAUCCCCCCAGGACCCCGAACCCCGUCGCGAGAACCAAAAACGCCCCCGUGGAGCAGACGCCGCUCCGAGCGCGCCGCGCCAAGGAGAAGCAGAGCCAGCGUGGCGGUGGCACCGCGCGAGCCGAGGCCGGCACGCCGCCGUCGCGCGGGCGGGUCCGGUCCCGGAUUCAGUUCAAGCCCGCCUCGCCUCUCGGCCGGCCGUCGUCGGUGGCGGCGAACAGGGUGUCCCCCAAGAACCGGCCGUGGGCCAAGAAGACGGUGAUGUUCCCCAAUCCCGCGUUCUGCGCCCCCACCUCCUCCUCCACCGCGUACGCCUCGCCGUCGUCGGCGAAGAAACAGAAGCGGUUCUCCAGCAGUCGGUCCCCUGUCCUGGCCCGGCAGACGCCGCACAAGUUCCUGGUCAAGUCGCCGCCGGGCGCUCUGGGGUCCAAGCUGAAAAGCCAAAGCAAAUUGCUGCCCAAUUCAAGGCCCGUCGUCGAUGUGUCGCCACCAGGGAAAAGCCGGCGGUGCUCCUUCUCGCCGUCCAGGCUGGCGACAAGGCUCGUUUCACCAAUAAAGGCCAGGCUAUCCUUCGUGUCGCCAAUGAAAGCGAGGAGGACAUCGACGCAUGGUGGCGUCGUCGGCGGCAGCAGCAGCAUGAUGAGCGGGCUCAAGCAGCGACCCGUCGUCAGCUUGACGGCGCGCACCGUCUCGAGCAGGAUAUCAUCUUGA